GUUUGGUAGCGUUGCUGUGCGGCGUGAUCUGCGCGUUGCGUGUAUGAGGAAGCAGCUGCGGAUGUGAUCUCCGACACUGAGAAACUGAGACAGACACCUGAACACACGAUUCCAGCCAUACUGCUAUUUUACAGGAACCGCGUGCAUGAUUACCUCCCUGGUUUAAUGGGUCCAAUCAUCGGGAUGUCGCCGGAUAAGAAAGCGGAAACGCCGGGGAUGCAGGGGGAAAGGGUGGGACUUAGGGGUUUGUGUGGGGGGGCGGGGACUCUCCCAGAGGCAGAGUGCGGUGCAGCCAGCCCAUUGGCCACCAGUCUGGACCGGGGUUCCGUUGGUUCCGGGGGCUCUGAGGAUGACGAGCUCACCAACCUCAACUGGCUCCAUGAGAACCUGCUCCAGAACUUUACGCUAGGGGGGGCCGGCGAGGCCGGGGCCCAACACAGUGCCAGCCCCCUCUUUGACAUUGAGGGCAACACCGGAGCCCCUCAGAACCCCCCCUCUUCAUCCUCUUCCUCCUUGUCACAGAGGGACUCGUUGAAGUCCAAGCCUCCCUUCUCAUUCUCUCUGUUGAUCUACAUGGCCAUAGAGCAGAGCCCCAGUAAGAGCCUGCCAGUGAAGGACAUCUAUGGUUGGAUCGUACAGCACUUCCCAUACUUCUCCUCGGCCCCCACUGGCUGGAAGAACAGCGUCAGACACAACCUGUCACUCAACAAGUGUUUCCGUAAGGUGGAGAGGAGCCUGGGAAAGCUGAAUGGUAAGGGUUCUCUGUGGUGUGUGGACCCAGAGUACAGGCCCAACCUGAUCCAGGCGCUCAAGAAGCAGCACUUCCCUGCAGCACAUGCCUUCUGCACACCGCCUGCCUCCCCACCGCCUGCCUCCUCACCGCCUGCCACCUCACCCCAUAGACAUCUCUUCCUGCCGGGCUGCUCUCUCAAAGAGUCUGACAUAGAUGCUGCCACUGCCAUGAUGCUCUUAAACGCCGCCCCUGGCCAUCACCAUGCCAAUCCAUGUGAUCCAGAGAGUCCCUUGGACCUGUCCCGGCCAGACUUGGUCCUGGUGAGCAGCGAUCCUAACCAGGACCACAACUACAGCAGUAUGGCCCUGCAGCGCUGCUCCUCCCGCUCCUCCUCCUCCUCCCUCGACGAUGGAGGCCCCUCCCCUGGCCUUGCCCACCACAGGCCCCGUACAUGCCGCGCUGGCAGUGAGGGUUUCCAUAGUGACGAGGACGACUCCGACCUCGGGGACCGGGAUGAGAGAGGCGGCCGCCCCCAGCCUGCUCCUCGCCGCUCCUCCUCCUCUUCGGUGAAGCACCCGGCGGGUAAGAGGGCCCGUAGGGAGCUGACAGCCAACCCAGAGCUGGAUGAGGAGCUGAAGGAGGCGGCCGGGUCUCUGCUCCACCUGGCUGGGAUCCGUACCUCCAUGGACCUUAACAAACGGAGUGCCAAGAGCAAAAAACUGAACAGGAAAUGAGGUUGUCAUACUUUCCUGCCCUUGCCCUCAGACUCCUGCCCCUGUAACCCCUGAUCUGAUCAUGUGUCCUGAUUGGUCUUGGUUGUGCCUCCUUUUCUGGUUGCUGAUUUUAAGCCUGUUUUUGGUUUGACACAUGAUGGGAUAUCCCUCACUAUCCAACACAACAAAUGGCAAUAGUAUCAUUGACACAGGAGAACAAAGCCAUAUUGAGACUUUUGAAACUGGGGUGUAUCAGGUGGGUGGGUCUGUCAGGGUAAGACAGAGACUACUGAGAAGAACCAUCACAAACCUGCUUGUUGUUUCUGAUGGCUUCGCUGCAGAUCCUUACAACUCAAAUAAUGUUUUGAGGGAUAAGACGGGAAAAGCUGAAAUUUUUUAAAACUCAAAGCGUUGCAUGCUUCCUCAACUUGUAUCCUCUUCCAAGUGAACCUAUUUCUAAGAGAAUGAGUGCAUGUCUCUAACAAACUAACCUCUCCUCAUGUUGAAGUCGGUUUCUCCAUGCUGAAGAUACCACUGUUUUUUGAUAGGUGACAUCCUUGGUCUGGAAAACCUUCCAAUGAGAGAUGCAAUAACUUAAACCACUUUUUGUAUUUUUCCUGGGUUGAUGAUGGUACUGCUGUUUAAAAACAACAGAUUAAAGUAGUGCGGCUGAUCGUAAACAUCCUUCCACGGAGUGGAACGCUGGACUGGGUCCAUGUCAGGGUUUAAUAGCAGGGAAUGGCAACGUAACCAAGGGAAUGUUGGAACUCUGCUACUGCCAUGGUGGGCAGGGAAAUGAAAUAAAGGUGUCCGACUGCUAGAUCAGGAAGAGUCCACUCUAGUCCUACUCUGAGAGAAACAGAAUUACAUCUAGAUCAGGAAGAGUCCACUCUAGUCCUACUCUGAGAGAAACAUCAUUACAUCUUCAUUGCAUUAGAACCUACUCCUCUUCAUCGCUCUUCCUCUGCUGACCCCUCUAAUUCUGUCAUACAUUGUGUUUAGUGUGUAAACUGAGAAAUGACAUUUAAUAUAUUCUAUCCUGUCUUGUCCUAUUAUGUCUUGUUCUAUCUUAUCCUAUGCAAGGUGUAGUGUAGACUAAUCUGGCUGAAACUAAGCAAAUGUUGUUGUAACCAUAGUGAUACCAAGACAAUGCGCUUGGCAUGAGGGCACUCACUGGCAGAUGUGCUGCUCAGUUUUCAAUCAUGUAAUACUAGUCACACCUACUCGAAUGUUAGUAUUCAGGCCAAAGGGAAGUUAAAACAAAGAUGUUAUAAUAAUGUUGUUGUGAGGUUAGAUGGACAAUGUUGUGAGAGACUUAUUGUACUACUGCCCCUCCUGAAUGGUGUUGGCUGACCCUGUGGCAGAUUUCAGACUGUGGUGACAGAAAGAGGCUUUGCUUCGUCUUGUUCCCCGUUAAGGAAACACGGAGGGCAAAAUCAGGAAGUGCACCACUUCUCUACACUGUACAGUAAUGUGUUUAGGGCCAGUUGAUUACAUCGAGUUCAGUGACUGAAAGUACAGGAUGUGGAAACAGAACUUGUGUAGUGAUGAGGCCAGACUGAUGCUCUUUGGGGCUUGCAUGUAUUAACUUGCAUUAGUAAGAAAAAUGCCAAUAUGCCCAUAUGAUUAGAAUAGCUUUUAGUUGGUGCACUGCAGUACAGUGUACUGUCCUCUGUCAUGAGCCAACUUAAGUGCAAGUUAGGUUUCCACUUGUGUUGUAUCACAGGAAAUGUUAAAUUAAGUCACGUUAGUAAGCAUAGAUUGUAUGCAGUGCCAAACAUGAAUGUGUCACAGAAGUGGAACUACCAAGGCCAUUGCAACCAUCUUCCUCUUCUCACAGCAUUUGUGACUGACAGUAACAUUGUUGCCCCUGUUUUUUAGAAGCCUGCCAACAGGAAAUGUAUGAGAACUCUGACCUAGUCUGAUAUUCAGUUUAUUUUGGUUGUUCUGGAAUGGGAAUCGCCGUAUUCUUUGAAAGGGGAUUUUGUUCUUCGAACUAAACUGCAGUUCUCCUAAAUAAUAUGGUCAUGGAAUACACUGGUCUUAACUGACUGUGAAUAAACAAAGAACAAAUGAAUGGUGUCCAUUAAAUGUAUAAUUAAUUUAUAAUGGACUAUUGAAAGGAACUUCUAUCAAAUAAAAGGUCAUUUGAAGUGAGUGGAAAUGUUACUUCCUCUCUCCCUUCUGGAAAAUCCUUUUGAGACCUAUUUAGUUUUAUUUCCUAAAUGAUAUUUUACUGCCAUAGACCACUAUUUUCACUAUGUGUUAUAGUGAUAGUGUGUCUGAGAAAGUACUGUAUAUGGCCAAUAUUGUCUUUCGAGCGGGUGUUUUUCAAUUUAACCAUGACUGCCAAGUUUUCCAAUGUUUUGUUGUUGGAUAAAAGACUAUUGAUUAACAUGGAUUCUGAACCAUUUUUUUUUUGUGCCAACUGAUGUUGUACAGAGAAGCAAAGGUGGACAUUUCAGAUGGCAUUCCUAUCUUGAUAGGGAAAGUUGAUUUAAUCAUCAUAAAGGUGUUGAAGUUUAUCUGAAUUUGUACUGUUUAUGUUUUAGAUAAUAUUCUGACUGCCCUAAGUAGUCACACCAUAGAUUUUAGUUGGCACCCCCUCUCCAUGUUAGGAUCCUGCCACCAUAGAUGUCGCCUACACUUACUGAAACUAAAAACCCACAUUUGAGGGUUGUCCUGGUGUUAGUCUUGGUACCACCAUGGACUUCUGUUUAAACUUAGAUAGUUGAGGACAACUUCCAGUAACUUGUUCAUGCUGUUGCUAGAAGAAAGCUCUUAUCAGACUCAACAUGAAGAUGAUCCUGAGUCUCUCAGUAAGUUUUUUUUAUACUGAACAAAAAUAAUGCAACAAGCAUUUUUACUGAGUUUGUUUAUAAGGAAAUCAGUUAAAAUAAAUAAAUUAGGCGCUAAUCUAUGGAUUUCACAGGGGUACAGCCAUGGGUGAGCCUGGGCGCCAGACCCAGCCAAUCCGAAUGAGUUUCUCCACAAAAAGGGCUUUAUUACAGACAGAAAUACUCCUCAGCAUCUUAGACUAAUAAACACGAUGAGGCACCCUAGAGGUCUGUAUCGUCACCAAUAAUGUUCACUUGACAUGGUGACAGAUUAUGCUAAACUCAAAGCUACAUACAUAGGAUGCUUCAUUGUUUGAAAAUGUGUUGUAUUGAUUAUGCGUUUUUAUUUUCUGUUGCAAUUUAUUGAUUAUGAUAAAGCGUUUUGUCGCAUUGAACUAACUAAAGCUGCCGACCCAGUAUCCUUCAGUCGUCUGCCAUGUCUGUUAGACAGACCUUUUGGUUUUUGUAUGCUAACCUCUUAAUAAAAUGUUUAUAAAGUUUAUUUUCACCAAAGAUAUGCAAUUUGCAUUAUAUACGGUAUCACAAAAUAAAUAAAAUCUUGUUUUA